GCUGACUCAGGAGUCAUGUGAUGUCUUCUUGUAGUUUCCAGUCCCGCAGCAGUUUUGAAGGUGUUCUGAGUCAGUAGCGGGAACCGAGCAGAACCGACCCGAGACGGCAGUAAAGAUGGCGCGGUGCUGCAUUGGCGCUUUUGUCGCUACUCUACUAUUUACAUCUUGUUUGAACGGGGUUUCCGGUAAAGAAGCAUGGGAUUACGUAAACGUGCGUGAUGGGGCUCAUAUGUUCUGGUGGCUUUACUAUGCUGACACCUCAGGCAGCUUUCAAGAUCUGCCUCUGGUUAUGUGGCUUCAGGGGGGUCCCGGAGGAUCAAGCUGUGGUUUUGGAAACUUUGCAGAAAUCGGACCUCUUGACACAAAUCUUCAGCCGAGAGAGACUUCCUGGGUGAAGGCAGCGAGUGUUUUAUUUGUGGAUAAUCCAGUCGGGACUGGAUACAGCUACACAGACUCGUAUGACGCUCUUACUAAAGAUGUGGCAAUGGUGGCGUCGGACAUGAUGGUUCUCUUGCAGCAGUUCUUCUCCAAAAAUACUGAGUUUCAGAGUGUUCCUUUCUAUAUAUUUUCUGAGUCUUACGGAGGAAAGAUGGCAGCUGCGAUUUCACUCGAGCUCACCAAGGCUAUAAAGAAAGGUUCCAUCAAGUGCAACUUUGCUGGUGUGGCCCUGGGGGACUCGUGGAUUUCUCCAAUUGACUCUGUGCUGACAUGGGGACCCUAUUUGUACAGCACUUCCCUCCUGGAUGAUUUUGGUCUUGGUGAGGUCAUGCGAGCAGCUAAAGACGUUCAGAAGGCUCUUGACCAGGAACAGUAUGACACUGCGACCCAGCUUUGGGGUGUCGCAGAAAACGUCGUGGAACAGAACACCAAUGGAGUGAAUUUCUACAACAUCCUCACUCAGAACAGUGACAUGCUUAAAUCCGACACACAAAAUGAAGGCUAUCUGUCUGGUUUAAAACGGCGACAUGUUCGACCUCUGCAUGGGCGGUCACUGGAUGAGCUGAUGAACGGACCAAUCAGGGAUAAGCUUGGCGUCAUUCCCAAAAAUGUAACAUGGGGAGGUCAGGCUGAACAGGUGUUUUCCAGCAUGUCCGGCGACUUUAUAAAGCCUGUGAUUGACAUUGUUGAUGAGCUCUUGGCUGCAGGAGUGAACGUGACUGUCUACAACGGCCAGCUGGACUUAAUCGUAGACACCAUGGGUCAGGAGCUUUGGGUUAAAAAGCUGAAAUGGGACGGACUUGAAAAGUUCAACACGAUGAAGUGGACGGCGCUGGAAGACCCCCAGUCAACAGGACAAACUGGAGCUUUUUAUAAAACCUACAAGAAUUUUGCUUUCUACUGGAUCCUUAAAGCUGGACACAUGAUCCCAUCCGACCAGGGGCCGAUGGCACUCAGGAUGUUGAAGAUGGUGACACUGCAGGAGUAAAUAGAAGCUGCUUGACCAUUUAAGACAAUCAAUACACUUCAACCAAAAUCAGUGCUUUUUUAUUUGUGGCUUAACACCAAAAUUCUGUCUCUGAUUACCACAUUGUUUUUGAUCAAACUGACUUUUAAGUUGUUUUAAACGAAUAACCCCUGAAAUAAAUGUUUUUUUUUUU